AUCCAGUGCAGUAAAGUACAGGAGACAAGCUGUGUGUAUCUGCAGGAGUCUCUGGUCUGCACAUGUUUUAUAUGGAGCUGUUAUGCAAAUGUUAGGGGGCGUGUCAACUGUGAAGCUACAGUAUAACUAAAACGUGUCUUAAACAAAUGUUAUAACAUUCAUAGUCAACUGUGCAGAGACAACAGUGCUGAGAAAAGAUGGACUCAGUUCCUCCAGGUCCUGAUUUGAGAAUUGUCAUGAUUGGAAAAACUGGUGUGGGCAAGAGUGCUGUUGGAAACACCAUUCUGGGAGAGAAACGCUUCAGAUCCUGUCCUGCCUCUGGGUCAGUGACUCAGUGCUGUGAAAAAGCUGAGACACGCUGGGGUAACAGAGUAGUUAGUGUGGUAGACACACCAGGGAUUCUGGACACCACGAAAUCUGCAGAAUUUAUCAGAGACGAAAUUGUGAGAUGUGUCAAAGUCUCAUGUCCUGGUCCUCAUGUCUUCCUGCUGGUCCUCCAAGUUGGUCGAUUCACCCCUGAAGAGAAAAACUCAGUGGAAGCCCUGCAACAGCUGUUUGGUCCAAACGCUAACCAGCACAUGAUCGUGCUGUUUACUCGUGGUGGUGAUCUUGGAGACAUGACCAUACAAGAGUACGUACGUGAAGGCGACCCAGACCUCCGACGAGUCGUCCAAAGAUGUGGAAACAGGUUCCACGUCUUUGACAACAUCAACAAAAGUGACAGAAACCAAGUGGUGGAGCUGUUCAAGAAGAUCGAUGACAUGGUGGCUGGAAACGGGGGGGAAUGCUACACAGAUGCCAUGUAUCAAGAAGUUCAGGCCACUGCAAAAAGACAAAACGUGAGAGAAGAAGACUUGGAUGUUGUUUUUCUGUUUCCAUUGUUUGGUUCAUUGCUGGAACGUAUUGUCAAUUUCUUCAGAAUACUUACUAGACUGUAA